GGGCUUUGGUAGGCACGUGCGAGGCAGAAGCUUUUGGGUCUUUUGGGAGAGAGACGAUUUCAGAAGGGAAAAUCAGAAUUCAGAAGUCUCAACUACCAAAUCAGGGUUUCGUUUCAGCUAUCUUCAUCAUCGCUCCACAAUGUCUUCUCCCGGCGAGUUUUAUAAAUCUCUUCCACCUAUAAGCAAGGCUUAUGGCACAGCUUGCCUGGUGGCUACCGCAGUUUACCAACUUGGAUUAUAUAAUCCAGUUCACAUUGCACUAUUGUACGAACGAGUUUUCUUUCGUUUUCAGGUUUGGAGGCUAUUCACAAACUUCUUUUUCCUCGGACCAUUCUCCAUCAAUUUCGGUAUCCGUCUUUUAAUGAUAGUAAGGUAUGGUGUCCAACUUGAGAAGGGACCAUUCGACAGACGGACUGCUGAUUUCUUGUGGAUGAUGAUAUUUGGAGCUUUUGCACUAUUGGUUUUGUCUGCAAUCCCCUUUUUUUGGACCCCAUUUUUGGCAAUAUCACUUGUUUUUAUGCUCCUUUAUGUAUGGAGUAGAGAAUUUCCAAACGCUCAAAUCAACUUAUAUGGACUUGUUGCACUGAAGGCCUUCUAUCUUCCGUGGGCGAUGCUUGCUUUGGAUGUCAUUUUUGGUUCAGCUCUAAUGCCUGAUCUGUUAGGUAUCAUUGCAGGACAUCUGUACUACUUCUUGACAGUGUUGCAUCCACUAGCUGGUGGAAAAAACAUUUUGAAGACUCCAAUGUGGGUACAUAAAUUGGUUGCAAGAUGGAGAAUUGGAGCCCCACCAAUUACACGUGGCCAGCCUGUUAAUAACGUUCAACAAGAAAGCAGUUCAGGAGUUUUCAGGGGAAGAUCCUAUCGACUUAAUGGGUAGAUGCAAUAAUGAAAGGGGGUGAAUUUUCCUAACCAGUUGUUUCAUCUUCCCUUAUAUAGAUUAGUGACCUGACACCAGACAUAUUGAGCCAAACAUCUCUUGUGAAUUUGAAUGAGAACACUGUAUGAACCUUGACAGUUCAUUUAAAUGCAUACUUUCUUUUGAGGAGCCUUAUAAAUUGAAUAGUUUUCUUGGGAGAUUUACUUGUAAGAAAGACUGGGAUUAAACUUGUGAAUUAAAUUAGUUGUCAAAUGUUAAUCUUGGAUUCAUCUUGCAUUUGUUUUUUACAAGAUUUGUACACUUCUGUAUUUGGUAUGAAAGGCAGUUCGGUAAUUAGAAUA